AUGACAGCGGCGAUGACUUCCAGUCGAAGUCCUGCACUGCACCGUCCGGUUGCAGCAUGUGCCAACGCUCCACUGUUUUUGAGAACUACGACGAAAGGCAUCGGAUUGGCAGCAUACAUCUCUCAUUACUCUCGAAUGUUGAGGAUCGAGUCCAAUCCCGUCGAAACACCAGCGAAAUGGAAGACUCAUCUCUUCGAACACGCCUACGAGCCUAAAGGCGUUAACUCUCGCUAUAACAAUGGCUCCGGCAAAAGCCUUUACGACCACCAACCGUUUUCGAGAACUACGACGCAAGGCAUCGGACUUGCAGCAUUGGUUGCUCUGGCAAGCCCUAUUGACCAAGACACACUGUGGUUCGAGACAGAACUUAUUGGUGGUACCUCGUGGCCAAGUUCCGAAGCUUCGCUAACUACGACGCAAGGUAUCACUUUCUCCAAAACUGCUGUUGCGAUUGUCUUCGCCAACUACUACGGAAGGCACCGUUCUCGCCAAACUUUCGACGAUGGCCUCCGGCUCAUCGGUCUGUUCACCUUGCAAAUACCCAUAGUCAAAGGGGGUCGAGCAUGCUACCGGGAAAUUACGACCGACGGCGGUCUUCGCCAACUACUACAGAACGCAUCAUUCUGUCGCAUCAUGUCGGUUGAUGGGACACAGCCAUCUGGAAUCACACAGCAUAAGUUGCCUGCGAGAACCGUCGCUUGA